GAAAGGCACCCCCAGUUCUACAAAGUCAUUCAUCGGCAGAACUUGCGCAUGUUGUCAAUGGAGUCCUCGUCAUCUUCUUCUUCGUCAAAAUAUUCCCUUUCUUCUUUGGAUUACCUCACGCUGUUUCUUCUACGCCCGGUCCUCGCAAUCGCAUUCGUACUCUCCCUGAUUUCUCUUGGUUGGUGGUUGGCGUGGAAGCUAGUCCUGGUUCACGUGCCUUUGGUGCAAGAGAUUUUCGGUUUACGAAAGAAACAAGUCAAGCCAAAGCCCCCAACACGUAGGCUAUCUAAGAUUUACAGUAGCAUGAAUGCCCGGAAUUCAGCUUCUUGAUG